GGUACCGUACUACGUAUCCCAUAAGUCUACCCGGCGAUUAUCUUUUUUUUUGCGAGCGGUCGACAGCAAGCUGUAGGAUAGUAGUGGUUGCGCGGAUGUGAAAGCGAGGCCAGGAAUCCCACAAUACCAGGCGGAGGAGUUUCUCUUCGAGGCAGCUGAGCUGGUGGUUUCAAAGGGAAGACGAAGAAGAAGCUAUGCGGGGAGAUGUAAGAUGGCAGAGCUUCAAAUGUUGUUAGAGGAAGAAAUUCCAGCCGGCAAAAGAGCUCUAGUAGAGAGUUACCAGAAUCUCACACGGGUAGCAGAUUACUGUGAAAACAAUUAUGUCCAGGCACAGGACAAGAGGAAGGCUCUGGAGGAGACUAAAGCCUACACCACCCAGUCCCUGGCUAGCGUGGCCUACCAGAUCAACGCCCUGGCCAACAAUGUCCUGCAGCUACUGGACAUCCAGGCCUCACAGCUUCGCAGAAUGGAGUCCUCCAUCAACCACAUCUCUCAGACGGUGGACAUCCACAAGGAGAAGGUUGCCCGGCGAGAGAUCGGAAUCCUCACCACCAACAAGAACACGUCCAGGACCCACAAGAUCAUUGCCCCGGCCAACGUGGAACGGCCCGUGAGAUACAUCCGCAAACCCAUCGACUACAAUGUGCUGGACGACGUGGGUCAUGGGGUUAAGUGGCUAAAAGCCAAGCAGCAUGGAAACAAUCAGCCAAUAAGAGGAGGAACGCUAUCGAGGACCAAUCCACCGACACAAAAACCGCCAAGCCCUCCACCAAUGACAGGGACCUUGUCGGGGCGUGGCACUCUUGGACGCAACACAUCCUAUAAAACCUUGGAGCCGGUGAGACCCCCGACGGUGCCCAACGACUACAUGACCAGCCCUGCUCGGCUGGGCAGCCACCACAGCCCCGGACGCAACGCAACUCUCAACCAGAGACCCAGGACCCACAGUGGUAGCAGUGGGGGUAGUGGUAGUAGGGAGAACAGCGGGAGCAGCAGUAUUGGCCUUCCCAUUGCCGUGCCUACGCCCUCCAUUCCCAACAGUGGACCAGUCCCACCCAUGUUUGCUCCCCCCGGAGCCCCACCCCCUCCUCCACUUCCCCCCGGUUCCAAUAUUCCCCCUCCACCUCUUCUCCCCGGGUGGAGCUCCCAAGUUGCUCCAGCUGCUAUAGUGGUGGCUCCCGGACCAGGCCUCGGCCCCACCCCCAUGUCCCAAUUCGGCACCGUCUCACGGCAGAUCUCGCGGCACAACUCCACCACCUCCUCGGCCUCCAUGGUUUCAGCCACCGGCACCUACCGCCGCGCGCCCUCCGUCAGCUCCCAGUUCUCCUUACAGCAGCAGCAACAGCCGUACGUUAACGGGGGAACCCCCACCUACCCCCAGAACUCAAUGUCUCUGGCUCCUCCUCCUCCUCCCCCCAUGCCCCAGCUUACUCCACAGAUUCCACUGACAGGCUUUGUGGCCAGGGUGCAGGAGAACAUUGCGGACACCCCUACCCCCCCACCCCCCCCGCCGCCGGAUGACCUGCCCAUGUUUGACGAGGCUCCGCCCCCGCCCCCGCCCCCUCCGGUGGACUAUGGAGAUGAGGAGGAAGCGGCGGUGGUUAACUACAGCGACCCGUACGCUGACGGAGACCCCCAGUGGGCCCCCAAGACCUACAUGGAGAAAGUGGUGGCCAUCUACGACUACACCGCGGACAAGGACGACGAGCUGAGCUUCAUGGAGGGCGCCAUCAUUUACAUCAUCAAGAAGAACGAUGACGGCUGGUUCGAGGGAAUCAGUAGCGGAGUCACUGGCCUGUUUCCCGGCAACUACGUUGAGUCCAUCAUGCACUACGCGGACUGAAGCGAACACCAGCCCCCGUGUGUUUAUUCAGUCUUACAUGGGUCCACUAAACGACCAGUUGAAAGGAAGUCCCGCCAUGCAAGGGCCAGAGAAGUGCUUGUUUUCCCUUACUGAUUGCAAAUCAAUAAAAACAAAAUGUCUAUUUAGUUUAUUUUGGUGUUGUUCCGGGUGGGUUGGGAGACGUUAUAUCGAGUGUACUGGUGUGCGCUCAAUGGCUGUAGAGUAAGGAUGUUUUCAAAGGCCGGGGCCACUCUAGUCGUUGUCCGCUCAUGCUUGUGCCGACUCCGUGGUAAUGAUCGUGACCGUUCCAUAAGAAGUCGACAUAUUCUGUGUUCUUCAUGUCCACAUAUGCCUUUCAUAAAAUGCGUAGCCCUGUUUAUACCAGGCUUUGAUAUGCAGCCUUUCUCCCGAUCUUGUUCACAUUCUGAUUGUUCCCACAUGUCAAAUCUGAAGACUCGUUGUGUUAGGAUCUGGCAAACGGAUGAAGGAUGCACGUUAGAGACUGGCAUGAAUGGGGCUUUUGGCCCUACCAUUCAUUAGUGUUUAUCUGCGUCUAUUGACCAAUUCACCAAACCAUAUUUGUAAGUAAGCAUUAUGCUGUACGGAGCAAAUGUCAUUCGGAUGUAACACAUAGUAGGCUAUGUCGGCGUUACGGAGGUAGUGUGUGCCCGUUCUUAGUGUAAGUCUUACUACUGCUUUGUGCUCUACUCAAUCCGUUUCGCGGAGGCUCAGCGUUACGGCGUAAUUGAAGUUGAAGGCGGUUAAUAGUCCGGUGACCAGGUUAAAAGACAAUGCUCUCUGGUUAGCGGAGACCGCGUUGGCUUCAAAUGCUGCGCGUCGGCGCUGUCGGAAAAUACCUCUACACUUUAAUUGCUUAAUCUGUAACACGCCAUCCAUCCAGAUUGAAUAGAGCAUUUUAUUGUACAUAGAGUGAGUGAGUUGCAGCCCUCUUGGGUGUCCGCAGUACAAAGUCAGUGAAUGUCAGUCAAAGUUGAAAGCAGGCUACAUGCAAAAUGUGCAACAGAAGAAUCGGAUUUUCUAUGGUCGACAUUCAUACAAUCACUGGCUGAUCCAUUUUGAAUGUUGAAUGCAAAACAUUAAUAGCAUUUGCCGAAUGACGAAAGUUUUUUUUUAUCUGUAUGUUUUAAUUCAGUCAAGGCAAAGCAUGCAAAAACAUUUAUGUAUGAAUGCCAUUAUGCUUGAAUUGUCUGUAAUAUUUGCAUUAAAUGUAGGCAAUUCUAUUACUUAUAAUUGAUUUAAUUAUCUAGACAUAAAAGGCAUUUUUUUUACUUGAUGGUUGUAUUUUAUUAAUCCUAGAACUUCAGUUCUUUAAUGAGUUCUUCCGUCUGGUAAUAUGUAGAUCAACAGUUAUUUUGUGAUUUUCAAUUUGAAGGACACUUUCCCAUUUUCAACAUUUCAGUUCCAUGCAUUCUUAGAAGUGUCACAGCAAACGUUUUACUAAUCCGAACCAACUGUAGGUACGUGUAAUCACUAGCGUAAGUAAAAUGUAAAUAAUCAAUAUUGGAUUGAUAGAUUGUAAUAGUAAAUGGGCUCGGGUUACUGCUGUUGUGAUGUUUAUAAAAAAUAAAACAUUGCCAUUUUAGUAUUCUCAAAUAACGGGACACCAAUAUGACUAAUUUACCUCCUCAGUCUUCACAUACAGGAAUUCACAAAAUAAUGGAAUUAUCAUAAUUAAAACCAUUUUGCUCCUCGACCCUGUUCUUAGAGAUCUACCGUCCUGCAGGAUCUCUCUCAAACCCAGUUGUUACUAAACUGUUUGUGUUUCCUCCAGCUUGUUAUUUAGGAUCCAGGCGGCUAAAUAACAGAUUGGAGAGAAUUUACAGGAUGGUAUCUCUCCAGGAACAGGAUUGGAGAGAACCUACAGGAUGGUAUCUCUCCAGGAACAGGAUUGGGCAGGCCUGCUUAAAUGUUGCAUAACUCGGGUCUGGAUGAAAUCUCCGUGCCAAGUUUUCUUCUGUUUCCAAAGUGACCCCCAUCCACUUUGUCCAUAUUCAUUUGUUAGGUAAAGUUUUUUUAAACAAUGACAUUUUAUAAUCAAAUAAUUCACGACAAUUCGGGUUGGUGUUUUUUCCCUUUCAAGAUGGAAAAUUGCAGUUUUCUCCUACUUUCGGUUCCGGACUCGCCACAAUAUGAAGUCACCUGCUCCUGUCGCUAUUUAGCAGUUCUGGAUAUAGCAGCUAAUGCCUUGAAACAUUGUCUGUCUUGCUUUGUUAUAUCCAACAUAUACAACUGUUCCAGCUCAAUGGGUAGAAUUAUCAAAGCUUGGAUCUAUGCCCUUAAUUUGUAUAUAAAAUGUUAAUUGAACAAUUAAUGUACAGCCUUUUAUAAUAAACCUUCCUCCUAUGUA